AUGAAUUUGAAAUCGAAAACUCCACGACUAUAUCUUUCGAAACCAUCCAAAAGCCAGGUUAUCUUCGUGCCCAAUCUUCUUAAAACUAAAAGAUCUAUACCUUUAACAUCAAGUGAAUUUAAUUUACACCCAAAACAAGAACUUUCCCAAGAACAAUUCAUCAGCAAACUUACAGAACAACUUGAUGAAGCUGACUCACAUAACCUUACACAAGAAGAAAGAUUCAAAGUCCAUCAAAAUUUUUUUAAUAAACUAAUAGAUCGAUUUGAAGUUAAAAAUAAACCAUUUACUAAAAUAAAACAAGGAUACGAAGCCAUUCUUAAUAGUUUGCGCGAACAAGGCACUAAAACGAUAACAGUUAAUAAUGAAACUCAAGAAUACGAUGAUAACUUCAAAGAUGAAAUCAAAAAUUUGCAGGAAAAACUUGUAACUAAACGAGAAAAAUACAAAACUCUACUAGCUUCAUUAAAUAAGUUAAUUGCGGACAUUUCAUCAGAAAAUCAGACUCAUAUGAGAGAUAUUGACACAUACAAAGAUGCAAAUGCCAACUUGGAAAUUAGAAAACUCAAUGCUGAAGCAACUUAUGCUGAUCUUAAAGCAAGAUAUCAAAAGAAACUAGCCAAAUAUGAUAAAACUCUCAAGUACCAACGUGAUGCAACAGAUAAAACAAAGUCUCUGGAAGUUGAAAUUGCAAAUCAAAUUAAUAACCUUGCAUUCUUGAUAUCUGAUUGCGAAAAUACUAACCACGAGAUAGGAAACAUUGAUGUUGAAGUCGAAAACAUUAAUUCUCAAAUAUCUCAGACUGAUGAAGAAUAUAAAAAGUUAUCAAGGACAAUAGAAGAGAAAGAAGAGUAUGCAAAGCAAUUAGAAAACGAAAUUACGGAAUUGAACGAUCAAAUACAAAAUUCUCGCUCAUUUGAUGAAAAUUUGAUGUCUCAGCUUUAUCCAGUAGCAAAAUCACUAAGGCUUGCAGCAAGAUCCAUAUCUAAGAUGAAUAAUCCUACAGAACUUCUUGAACUUUGUAUCAACAAGUUCAGAGAAAUUGAGAACGAAAAUAAUGAAGAUCCAGCAGAAACAGAAGAACCAAUAGAAUAA